AUGUUUGAAGAUAAGUCGCAAAUAAAUAAUACCAACGAAUGGUAUCAAAAAGUGCAAAUGUGUCGGCGUGUACCACCACGACGUAUACCGAUUGACGGAUAUGAUAAACCGGAAUGCUAUGCAUUAUCGUUACGGAAUGCACGAUUGCCUGGUUUAAAAAUGGAUGUAUUAUAUCGCAUUCAUGCAUAUUUCUACGAUAAACAGCAAAAGUAUUACUUCGGGAAACCGUUUUGCGGAAGAUGGUGCCGUUCCGAUUCCGAUUGCAUCCCCUUUACUGAGGUAAUCUUCUUCUGGUGUUCAUUUACCAAUAAUAUCGACAUUGUCCUGGAAGUGGUUGAGGGAGAGCAGCGGGAACAAAAUUCUGGUCAUUUAUACACAGCAGCAUGGACCUCGCUACCAUUGGGAAACACCGAAAAUCCGACUGCCUUUCGCAGACUGCCAUUAUAUCCGGGAUCUCCGAAAGCGUUGUUUUUUAUGGGUUCUGAGGUGGACAUGGCAGAUCUCCUUCCCCGAAGGAUAAAUAUCGGUGUAGAAGUUUCUUUACAAAUACAUCAAGAAAUGUACAAUGUAUUGAACUAUAUCCCUGAUUGGUACAUAUUUGAUCAAUGGGAUGAUAUUCCUGGCUUGCGAACAUUUUAUGAUGGUAAAUCUCAGAGCAUUCAUCCAGAAGCAUUGAAAAGUCGAACAUCCAUUUUAAAGAAAAUGAAUGUUUCAUUCGGUAUGGAUAUCUGCAAAUUUGAGCAAAUUCUACUUCAUUUAAUGAAUAAUGACAGGCUUUAUCGGGCAAACAGAUCACCUGCAGAUGUUAAUGUUAAAAUGAUGGAAGUUCUGGAACGAAGAAUUACGAUUGGUAUGCAUAACGGUUUAUGCUAUGUGGAAAAGCCGCACUGUCUGCACCUUAGUUUGUCCGAAAAUCAAAUUUGCACCGGCUUGGAAAUGAGACGAUCAAAAUCGCAAAAUCUGUUCAUGAAUGGAAGUGUAAUUUUAAAUAGAAUGAUUACAGAUCCUCAUUUCGCUGUCGUCUUUUCACUAGAUUAUCUUGUUGGAGUUUAUUCUUGUGAUAAGACGGUACAUUCAUCACAAUCAGUUAUGGUCUGUUGGGGUGCUUGGUGUCCUUUUGCUGUAGAUAUCAUACCGAAUGAUGAGAUUACUCUCCCUUUAAUCGGAGGACCAGACAUCAAUCCAGAUGAACGUUUAGCUUUCAAAAAUUCACUUGCUUUUCACUCUGAUUUGACCUCUCGUGAUCAGUUUCCAAGGAUUAAAAUUACAUUUCUGUGCUCAGAAUUUGGAGAGAUUGAGCACCUGCUAAAUGCUUCAACCAGCAUCAACAAUGCGUGUCCGACGCGAAACUGGAAAAGAUUGAAUACGGAAACUGUUGGAUUGCAACUUAGCUCAACUAAAAAUGCUCAAAAUCCUAAAAAAAUGUUCGAAAAUAGCAGCUACAAAGUGUAUUGUCCAUUUGUGCGCACUUGUACCUUACAUAGCAUUGUUGGUAUAUUGAACAGCGCUGAUCGAAUUAUAUAUGUAAUUCAGGAAGAAGAAAAAUUGAAUGAAAAAAUUUCUUCCAAUGAUGAGCGGAAAUGUGGCACUUAUACGAGCGUGAAAAUUUGUAGUUCACCAUUAGCUAGGACAUCAAAUAUAUCUCGUGCAUCUCUUGCUAUCCUUGCCGACAUUUCAUUCACUCAUAUAAAAGAUCGCAAUGGAAACAAACCGAAACUUUUAGACAUUGAAAAUUUCCCGACUCCAGAUAUCAAUGUUGAACUGAACGAUAAAUUAAAUACAAAUGAAAUCAUUGUGCAGUUUAUGGCCAUUCAAAUCAGCAGGGAAGAUGUUGGUUGCAUCAAAACUCCAAACGCAGUAUUCUUUACAAUAGAAUUCUAUCGCUUCCAUACAAUUACAACUGAAAGAUUAUGGUUAGAUAAGGUUCACACAAAAACAACUCAAGAACAGCUAUUCAUUUUGAAGCGCAAGGGAAACACUGAAGAGACCGUUAAGGAAGACUGCAAUGGCUUCACUGUCAAAUAUAUGGUCGAUGCGAAUUCACUUCCAGAUGGAGACGGAGAAGACUAUAUCAAUUAUCUUAUAAAUGGCUUUGCGAUUAUUGAUGUAUGGGAUGCUGACUGUUUAUUACCUCUUGGCAAGUUGUACAUUCCACUAAAGUCCUUGUUGAGGCAUGGAUCUGAAGCAGUGCAGGUUGAUGUACAAAGUGCGGCAGUGCUCAGCUGUUUUCCUGAACCAUCCAUUAUAACAUGUCAAGUAUUACUUCGAUUAAUCAAUAUUGGCUAUCCAUGUUUUAAACAAAUAGAUUCAGUACGAAAUCAAAUGAGCACAAUUGUGAGUCGUCAGUCAACUCGAAUUGGUCAAAGUGAAAAUGAAUCGUACAGAAUUAGGGCUAAACCACUGAAUCCAAUCCAUGAAAAUUCACUACAGCAUUUCUUGGCUGCUCAAAGAUUGGACAUAAAUCAGCGUUAUAAUGAAAUCAUGAACGAUCCGCCAACGGGGACAAAAAACCAGACUUCAGCAAUAAAGGCGCUCACGACAAAGGGAUCAAUGAAGCGGUAUUUGUUUCAGCAGGAAUUGGAAGCUUAUAAAAAAUUGCGUAAUGAAGACAAGGCAUCGAAGCUACUGAAAGUUGUUUUCAAAGCAAUAACUACGGAAUAUCGCAUUUAUCCAAAAUAUGGCCAAGUCAUAUUUUUCGAGUACAUGCUUCAAAAUACUGAAUCAUACCCAACUGUCAUCGUUAUAGACAUUGCCGAGAGUACAUUGAAACCACUUUUCGAUGUGAAAUUAUGGCAAUAUUACAAAAAUAUGUACCGAAUUGAAACUCCACUUGAAAGGGAUCUUUAUCAAAUAUCAAGAGAAAAUGAGCAAAUUACCGAAGUGCAGAUUUUCCUGAAACCGAUGGAAACUAUAUGUGCACCAUUUAUUUACGAUGGAUUUACGAUACCUCAGGAACAAAUCAGAAAUCAAGUUAAAAUAAUAUUCAAAAAGAAAACUGGUGGUGAACCGAUAGCAAUCUUAGAUUUAUUGGUCGAAAAUCGUCACAACAUAAUUUUCAAUUCAUUUCGUUUCUAUCAUGAAGCGGAAGCAACACUGUCCAAGAUUAUUCACAUUACCGGAUAUAAAAGUCGAGUGUUUUCCAUUCGUUGUACAGAUCCUCUUGUACUUACCUCAUUUAAAAAUAAUUGCGAUGGUUCUCAGGAUUUACAUUUUACGUGUCAAACUGGUAAAGCACCAAUGUUGCGAACAUUCACAGUGAUCUUUUUUGCUGAUCAGUACUAUAGCACUGUUCUCGGAGCAUGGUUAAUACACGUUCAUGCGGUGAAUCAAAUCAAUUUGAAUGCUGUUCGAGCACAGCUCCUCAAAGUUCCCAUCAUUUUCAAAAUUGAUGAUAACUGCGAUGGUUUGGUUCAUUUUGGAAGUUCUUCAAAAAAUUUUGAAAUUCAUCCAUCAGAUGCAAUUGCAGUGCAACGUGGUGGCACCUUAGAUGCUGUAAUUAAUUUCUUGCCAGAUUUCACAGGUUCUCGUGCGAUGCUAGUUUCGGCAACUGAUCAACGAACAAAUCACUUAUUGUAUCAAUGGAUGAUUGCAGUAAAUAUCCAAGAAGCCAAUAUCACUAAAAUGUUUGAAGUUUAUUUGCAAAAUAAAAGGAAUCAAACAAUUACAUUAGCUAUAAGGAAUCGAUAUGGCGUGGAACGUUCAUUUCGGAUUUCUUGUUCUCAUCCAGAAUAUGUUCGGAUUGAAAAUGAUAUCGUUACACUUUCUGGCUACAAAGCAGUUGACGUUUCUAUCACAUUCUUGCUAAAUAAUAGCUUGAAAUUGCCUGAGGUGCUUUUAUUUGUUACAAAUGUGGAAAAUAAUCUUCAGGAAGAAGCCUAUUCUCUGAAAUUGAUUUACCAUGAUUAG